GUAGUUCAUUUCCAAACUUGCACCCAUCCACCUACGCAUUUUGGAUGAGCUCGUCGUAGUCAUUUCUUAUACUCUCUCUCUCUCUCUCGUCAUGGGUCUCGGAGUAUUAGAAGACAAGUAUCUCGACCACGUCCCGGGAACGGCUCUCUUGACCGAUGUCAUCGAUCAAGAUAGCCAUCACCAUCAUGGCCGACUCGACACGUCGGCUCUACGCCACGGGAAGGGCAGAAACUCGGACAUCUUGCUAGUGCCUCAGCCCAGCAACAGCCCCAAUGACCCGUUGAACUGGCCGUUGUGGAAGAAAGACCUGAUGUUUUUCUUCAUCUGCAUCGAUACCGCCGUCGUAGGCGCCUGGGGACCCAUGAUCACCCCCGGCUUCGUCGAGAUGACCUCCCAAUUCGGCAUCUCCUACAACAAGCUCAACGGCGACCUCGGAUACGGUAUCUUGAUGAUCGGUCUAUCCUGCUUCAUCACCAACUCCAUGGCCGUCGUCUGGGGACGCAGGCCCAUAUUCCUCCUCGGCAACCUGCUGCUGUUCAUCAGCAGCAUUGGGGGUUUCUAUUCGCAUUCGUUCAACAGUCUCCUGGCGUUUCGGCUGAUAGGCUGUGUUGGGAUGUCGCCAUUUGAAGUUCUCGUCACCACCACCAUCGCAGACAUCUACUUCGUCCACGAGCGCGGCGUGCGCCUCGCAGCCUGGGGCCUCUGCCUCUCCAUCGGCGUCGGCGGCGGCACCAUCAUCUCCGGCUACAUCAUCGAGGGGCUCGGCUGGAACUGGACCUACGGCAUCUGCGCCAUCAUGUUCGGCGUCUGGAUCGUCGUCCUCUUCCUCUUCUGCCCCGAGACCGCCUACCAGCGCGACGAGAGCCUCAACACCGACCUCGGCACCGACCAGGACCGCGCCGACAAGCUGGCCGCGCAUGACAACAACAACGACAACAGCGACAAAGCAGAGGCCGACUCCCCCAAAGCCGAGCACGUCGAGGCCGAAGUCGCGGCCCUCGAGCGCGCGGCCCCGGCGGAACCGGCGUGGUCGGAACAGAAGCACAGCUACUGGCACGAGCUGAAGAUCUUCCACGGGCGCGUGUCCGACGAGUCGUUCUUCAAAGUCCUCGUGCGCCCUUUUCUCAUGCUGGCCUUCCCCCAGGUCCUCUUCUCCUUCUUCGCGUACGGGCUCACGACCUCCUGGCUCGUCGUCGUCGGCAGCGUGCUCGCGCAGCUGUUCACCGCCCCCCCGUAUAACUUCAGCGUCUCGGGCGUCGGGCUCGUCUCCAUCGCGAGCCUGAUCGGCGCCAUCGUCGGCGCGUUCAUCUCGGGCCCCAUCGCGGACUGGGUCGUCAAGUCGAUGGCGCGCAGGAAUGGCGGCAUCUACGAGCCGGAGUUUAGGCUCGUGCUCAUCGCGGUCAGCUUCUUGCUCGGCGGCAUGUCGUUCUUCGGGUUUGGCUGGUCGCUGCAGGUGCAGGACCCGUGGAUCGCGCCGGUGAUCUUCUACGGCCUGCAGUACUUCAGUGUCGGGUUCAUGACCAUCGCUGUGUACGGAUACCUGACGGACUGCCAUCGCGACAAGGCGCCCGAGGCGUUCGCGGCGAUUAAUUUGCGGAAUAUCUAUUCGUUCGGCAUGAACUACUUUAUUUCGGACUGGAUCACCCAGCAAGGCCCCAAGGAUGUGUUUUGUGUUGUGGGGGGUAUACAUGUCUUUAUUUGCCUGUGCGCGAUCCCGAUGUAUAUCUAUGGGAAGAGGUGCAGGAGUUGGACUAGUCGGGUGAAGAUUUUUGAGAAGAUUAUGCAGACAUGAGUUUCCUACUGGUAGUUCUUGGAUCGUGGGGUUGAUGUGGGAAGGUAUAGAGGAGGGUGUAUGUAUGGGACGCGGGCGAAGCAACAACC